AUGGCGUCACUCACCGCCCGCGCGACGCUCCACGCAUCCGCGCGAGCCUCCGCGUCGCCCAGAUCCGGAGGCGUCGGGACCGCGCGCAACGCGGGACCCCACGGCCUCCAUCCGGGGUCUCGUCGCCGUCACCGCCACGACGCCACCGCCGCCCCCGGCGCGAGCGCCUCCGCCGUCGACCUCGCCGCGGAGCUCCGCGCCGAUUUCCCCAUCCUCGAGCAGGACAUUCCGGAGACCGGCAAGCGCCUCGUGUACCUGGACAGCGCGGCGAGCUCGCAAAAGCCCAGCGCGGUCAUCGACGCGCACCGCGACUACUACAUGAUGAUCAACGCCAACGUGCACCGCGGGGUCCACUACCUCUCGGGCAAGGCCACGGACGCGUACGAGGAGGCGAGGGUCAAGGUUGCGAAGUUUGUGAACGCAAAGUCCGAUCGCGAGAUCGUCUUCACGCGCAACGCGUCCGAGGCUAUCAACCUGGUGGCGUACACCUGGGGGAUGGCAAACCUCGGCCCGGGCGACGAGGUCGUGGUGAGCGUGCUGGAGCAUCACUCCAACCUGGUGCCGUGGCAGCUCGUGUGCGAGAAGACCGGCGCGACGCUCAGGCACGUGGGGCUCAAGAAGGAUAACAGCGGCAUCGACGUGGACGAGCUGUCCGCGGUCAUGGCGGAAGGGAGGGUCAAGCUCGUAGCCACCGCGCACGUGUCCAACGUGCUGGGAUGCGAGCUCGACGUGAGCGCGGUGGCGACGCUCGCGAAAAAACACGGCGCGAAGGUGCUCCUGGAUGCGUGCCAGUCCGUGCCUCACAUGCCCGUGGACGUUCAGACCCUCGGCGUGGACUGGAUCGUCGCGUCCGGGCACAAGAUGUGCGGCCCCACCGGUAUCGGUUUCCUGUGGGGCACGGCGGAGGCGCUGGAGUCCAUGCCGCCGUGGAUGGGCGGCGGGGAGAUGAUCCAGGACGUGUACAUGGACAGGUCCACGUACGCGCCUCCACCGGCGAGGUUCGAGGCGGGAACCCCCGCGAUCGGCGAGGCCAUCGCGCUGGGGCGAGCCUGCGAUUACCUCACCGAGGUUGGGAUGGACCGGGUGCACUCGUUUGAGAAGGAGAUUGGCGGGAUCCUCUACGACAAGUUGUCCGCGGUGAACGACGUGACCAUCUACGGACCCACCCCGGCGCAGGGCAGGGCGUCGCUGGCGGCGUUCAACGUGGCGGGGUUGCACGCCAACGACGUGUGCACCCUGCUGGAUCAGGCGGGCGUCGCCACGCGGUCGGGGCAUCACUGCACGCAGCCGCUGCACCGAUACCUCGGGGUGCCGGCGACGGCCAGGGCGAGUUUGUACCUGUACAACACCCCGGGGGAGGUGGACGCGCUGGUGGAGUCGCUGACGGAUACCAUAUCCUUCUUCAGGGAGAUCAACGGGAUGUGA